CCCGAUUUCGCAUUAUUUGUGGCAGGGAACGAUGGAGAAGUAUCGAUUUUGCCCAAACGCCUUUCAUACUUUGUUGCUUGCCUGCCCUUCAGAGACGUGUCUGCUGCUAUCAUCCUUGCGGAGUUCGCCGGAAACCUCUUCUGGAUCUAGGGUUUUAUGUAAGGAAGUUUUCAGAGGGAGGAUUAUGAACCGUUCAUCUCCAGUUUCAGGGGAGGAGAAGCUAAGUCGAUGCUUUUGUGACAGGCGAGGACGGCAUCCAAGAAUUGCAAGGCGUAGAACAUCUCGCAUUUCAAUUUCCACCCAACCCUAGAAAUAAGGAAGAGACAGAUUUGGGUGACUAGAUUCUGAACGGAUGAGAGGCUUGGGUGGUGCAGUCCCUUGAUUCUACAUUGUGAUCUGAGAAUAUGUCUCACCUAAUAAAAAUAGGUGUUCACUUCUAUGGAUGAACAUAUAUAGUUUACCCUUAAUUAGGAUAUUAUACCAUUUGUCUAUUGCAUUAUUGCUUUGUAAAAUAUACAAUCAUCGAACUGAAAAUGAAGCACAGAGCAUAUGAAAAAGCUUUAGAAUUCAGGUUUGUUCUCAAUCUUUUUUAAUUUAUCACUUUCUUUUCAAAUAUUAUAUCCUUUUUAACAUAUUUGGUCUCUUAUUUUGUGCGAGUAUUAAGAAUGUUAAGCUUCUUUGGUAUGAAACUAUGCAGAAUUUUCUUUAGAAUCCAAGAUGUUACCUUUGGCGCAUAAUUGUAACUCGAUAAGGUAUCAUACAGGUCAAUGGGUUUGAUAUUGGAAAUAUUCAGCUGGAUAGUUUGAGGAGGCAUGUUGGUCUGGUCUCUCAAGAUAUUUGUCCGCAGGGUAAUUUGGGAAAUUCUAAUACAAGCUUCCUCUGUACGCCAUUCAUUUUAUUCUCUUCACCUUAAGACAUGACCUAGGCCGACCUUAUCCUUACAUACAAUCGUAUAGAUCCGGCAACGAGGAGAAAGAGGGUUUUAGCAUAGAGAUGACAGGACAAGGAUAGAGGGGUUUCACGCCAUCGUCUCAGGUACGCUUCAUCUCUCUUUAGCUGCACAAAAAUGACGAGUAUCUCUAAGCAGGCGACUAGAGCACCACGAGUAAAAUCUUGUUUCCACCACCGCUGGUAAAGUGGGCGACUAAAGCUAAGCCGCCGCUGCGGGAAAGAGGGCAGCCGCUGUAGAUAUGCAUAGCUAGCACCCGAGUCAUAGUGUACCGGCUAUCUUUUUGGAUGCAAACUCUCCCAGCUAUCAUCGUUGCAGGCCGCAAACCUUUUCUGGAUCUAGGGUUUCAUCAUUUGAAGAUUUGAUUUUUUGACCUAUCUUAUGUCCUCGGCAGUUUAAGGUAUUUAUCAAUUUGUGUCUUAUAGAAGAAAUUUCUAUAAUGUUUCUUAAUUGUUUUAGACUUUGAUUCAGGUUAAUAAAUUGUGACAAAUUAAAAAACAAAGUUCAGUUUUGUUCAAUUUAGGAUUGUUGUUCUUUUCCGUUCAUCACUUGAGAUACUCCAGGUUUGUAUUCAACUCUGUUUUGAAUAUUUUGGUUGAAUUUUUUGAUGGAUUGUGAGCGAUUAGCGAUGCUCUUUCCGAAUCUGGUGUUGGAUUUUCAAUCCAAUCAAGAUUUCUUGGAAGUCAACCCAGUUUUGUUAAUAUUUGUAUUUUUAACAAUAACCCAUCUCAAUAUCUUCUUUUGUUGAUUUUAAGUUAUUGGGUGCCACCCGAGGACAGAAGGUGUAAAUGGGGAAAACAUAAUGUUCAGAUUUGAUGACUGUGAAAAGGAUGACAGUUUUAGUGUGACAUGGAAUGAGGCAAAAUCAGAGGUUUCCUAUUCUUGCAUCCUAUUUGAAUACAAAGGGUUCUUUUGCAGACAUGCAAUGGUUGUUCUUCAAAUGUGUGGUCUAUCGAGAAUACCAUUGCAAUAUAUAUUGAAGAGGUGGACUAAAAAUGCCAAAAAUAGACACUUGACAGUUGAAGGAAGUGAAAGGGCUCAAACAAGGGUGCAAAUGUACAACAAUAUGUGUAAACGGGCCAUUAAAUUGGGUGAAGUAGGUUCUUUAUCUGAAGAGAGUUACAAUAAAAAGGAGUUCAUGAUUGAUUCUUUAUCGCACAUACAUUAUUGAAAAAUAAUAAGCACCCAACUUCCCUUCGUAGCCUAUUUUGAAAAAUCAUUUGCUGGUGGCCAGGUCGCCCCUAUUUCCAUUUUUACCCGCAACAGGGGAGGUACGAGUCUAGUUAAAUAAAAUAAGAAGAAGAAAAAAUACGAAAGGGUUUUAAAACAUUUUGGUGCCAAAAGGAUUUAAGGAAAGAGAACAAUUGAUUUGAACGAGUGAGUGAAAAUGGAGGCUUGGGUUCCCCUCUUCAAGAUUUUCUUGAACUCUGCAACUCCAGAAUCCGAAGCAUCUCUAUGGCUGCAGCAAUCUUUCAACGCCGCAUCUCCCUCCAUAUCAACAGCUUCCUUCUUUUCACUUCUCACCAGCCCAAUCGACAACCCUUCUUCUCCCUCGUCUUCCCCGUCCAUUCACACCAAAAGGGUCAUGUGGAUUCGGACGCUGCCCAAUGCGAUUCAAGCUCGCGUACUGUCUUUUCUUUUAUACGAGAGCAGGAAAUUCAGCAAAAGGGAGUUGUGUGAUCUUGCAGAGAAGAUUCUGAGGGAGGGGAAGGAGCUUGAUUUUUGGGUGAAGAAGGCUGCACACCAGCUGUUCGAUGUUAUGUCUGACUCAAAUUGUGAGCUGGGUUCUUCCGGAGAGGGAAAAGUGGAGGAUGAAUUUGGGUCUCUGCCCGUGUGGCUCGAAGAUGCUGUGGGCGAGAACGGUUCAGUGCUCCCGUGGCUGCCUAUGUCGCGGAGCGAACUCGUUUCCAGAAUGCAGUUCAGCAGUUGUGGUGAAAAUGAGGACUUUUCUGUCAGAAUUGAGGAAGACGAAGGAGAUGAUGAUUCAGAUGAAACGAUGGAAGAAGGAGGUGUGGGUUCUUCUGAGGAUGACGGCUCUUUAGAUCCCGGAGCAGAAAAAAUGGCAUCUGACCUGAAACAGAAGAUACUGAGCAUUGAAUCUACAUAUCAAACACUGGAAGUAGUCCAAGAAAUCCAACAUCUUUCCAAAGGAAAGAACACAUUGUCUGUAUUGAGUUUGAUUGAACCGUGGAACGCAGAUGAUGAGACGGUUUCCAUUCUAAUUUCUCAAAUGGCGAAUCACGAGAAGGAUGAUCAUCAUCUUGGUUGGCCAAGCCACAUUCUCUGCUCAUUUGUUCUUCCCAAACUCUUAAAUCUCAAAGCACCCGCGUCUCGGGUGCUAAUGACAGCAGUUGUGGAAUACUGCAGGGUUUAUGCCAAAGCAGCCGAGCACGCUUUACUGCUUCCACUGGCACUCAAAAAUGGAGGCAUAAACAAUCCCAUCUGUGAUGUCAUCACAAGGAUUGUCAAAGAAUCCUUGCACCCUGGCCAUGUUUCUGCCAUCUGUCAGCGGCUUCUGUGGGGUCCGGAAGACGACAACGACACUAAGAUAAUCUGCCUUCCCUGUCACAGGUCUUUGAUUGGGACUGAAUUGGUGUGGACAGAUUCACUGUUUGUUCUGAUGCAAAACAUUCUGAACCACGAUGGCAUCCGUUUAACCCAAGACUCCGUUGAUCAGCUUGUUCAUUCGGCUUGCAAGUCUGCACAAAGUUUUUCUCAGUCUUUGAAGUUCUGCAACUUUAUGUUGUGCUUUGUCAACAAAUGUGCCCCUCUGUUGAAGACCCAUAAAAUGGCAUUGGCUGAUGCUGUUGGCCAUACCAACACACUUGCGACAAAAUCUGUGCUAUCAAAGUUGUCUGGCCUGUGAGUGCUGACACCUUAUAUUUCUAGUUAAGUGAUAUAACCAUGAGAGUGGAUAUUGUUAUAGGUUGGAGCAAAAAAUAUGCACACCUCACUUCACUUGGUUGGUUGUUUCAUUAAUAUAUUUUGUUGGGCUCUUUUCUAUUACCAUUGAAAUAAAAUCUCAAACCACCAGCCCAAAAAGAAAGCAACUCUUUUACUCAAACCCUAAUACAUAAAUCUCCCCACC